GAGCAGAGCGCUGCUUUCUUUCCUGCAGGAGUUUGAGGAGUGAGGAGCUUUUACUGAUUCGUGUUCGCACCAACACUGUAUUAACAUGGUGCUGUUACACGUGCUGUUCGAGCAUGCGGCCGGAUACGCCCUGCUCACAGUCAAAGAAGUGGAGGAAAUUGGGAUGCUGCUGCCUCAGGUCGAGGAAAGCGUCCUGAACAUCGGAAAAUUCAACUCGGUGGUAAAGCUGGCUGGGUUUUUCCCAUUUAAAUCUGCCCAGGGUGCUCUGGAAAACAUAAAUGCAGUUUCAGAAGGUGUCGUCCAUGCUGAUCUGAAGCUGUUUCUGGAGACGAAUUUGCCCUCUGGUGGUAAAAAGAAGGCUGUGUUGGGGGUGGCUGAUGGAAAAAUCGGAGCAGCCUUGCAGGAGGAGUUGGGUCUGUCUAUCCAGACUGGAGGAGUCGUGGCAGAGAUCCUUAGAGGUGUUCGUCUUCAUUUUCACUCCCUGGUCAAGGGUCUCGCAGCUCAGGCCGCAUCCAAAGCCCAGCUUGGUCUGGGACACAGUUACUCUCGAGCCAAGGUCAAGUUCAACGUGAACAGGGCUGAUAACAUGAUCAUCCAGUCCAUUGCACUGCUAGAUCAGCUGGAUAAAGACAUCAACUUGUUCUCCAUGCGUGUGCGCGAGUGGUACGGCUACCACUUCCCGGAGCUGAUAAAGAUCGUGAGUGAAAACGCCACCUACUGCAAGGUGGCUAAGUUUAUUGGGAACCGAAAGGAGCUGAGUGAGGAGAGUCUGGAGGCUUUGGAGGAGUUCACGAUGGACAGUGCCAAAGCGCAGGCCAUCCUGGAUGCAUCACGUUCUUCUAUGGGAAUGGACAUCUCGCCCAUCGACCUCAUCAACAUCGAGAGCUUCUCCACCAGAGUUGUCUCUCUCACAGCUUACAGACAAGAGCUUCAGGAGUACCUGCGCUCCAAAAUGAGCCAGGUGGCCCCCAAUCUGGCCGCCCUCAUCGGUGAAGUGGUUGGCGCUCGUCUCAUUUCCCACGCCGGCAGCCUGACUAACCUGGCUAAGUAUCCAGCCUCGACGGUGCAGAUCCUGGGAGCGGAAAAGGCCCUGUUCAGGGCGCUGAAGACGAGAGGAAACACGCCGAAGUACGGCCUCAUUUUCCACUCCACGUUUAUCGGUCGGGCCGCUGCCAAGAACAAGGGGCGCAUCUCGCGCUUCCUGGCUAACAAGUGCACCAUCGCCUCUCGUAUCGACUGCUUUUCUGAGGUUCCGACCAGCGUGUUCGGAGAUAAACUGCGAGACCAGGUGGAAGAGCGUCUCUCUUUCUACGAAACUGGAGAGACGCCCAGGAAGAACCUGGACGUAAUGAAGGAGGCGGUUGUAGAGGCUGGCGAGGCGGCAGCAGAGAUCAAGCGCAAGACAGAGAAGAAGGAGAAAAAGAAGAAGAAGCGAGAGAAGAGGAGACUGGAAGCUCUGUCCACUGCUGAAGGAGACGAGGAAGAGGUGGAAGCCAAAAAAGCCAAAUCGAAUAGAGAUGCUCAUGAGAACGGAGAGGAAGCUGACAGAGCCGUCGCUAAGAAGAAAAAGAAGAAGAAGCAGGCGGUCGAAGCAGAGGAGGAAGACGUAACGACGAACGGUGUGGACGAGCCGACUCCUGCGAAAAAGAAAAAGAAGAAAAGCGAAGCGGUAGAGCCCGAAGCAGAGGACGAGGAGCCCGAACCGAAGCAGUCUGAGAAGAAGAAGAAAAAGAAAAAGAAGGUCGCGGAUGAAUGAGCCUCCGUCCUUCAAUGCUGAACUGUUUUAUUGUACAGUACUUUGUUUUUGUUUAGCUUGAGCAGUAGAAGUGUUUGUGAUCAGAAGGUGCGCUGAUCAAAAAGCUUUUUUUUUCUUUUUUUUUUUUCUAUAGACUAAGCACCUGUGACAUAUUUGUGCCUUGAUCGAAUUAAAUAAUCUGCACCGAG